CGGGGCCGCCGAGGCCGUCGCCCCGGGGGGGCCACCGCCUCCAAUCGGACGCUCAAGGCCUCCCUCCCUCGCAAGCGGGGCCGGCCCCCCAAGUCCGGGCAGGAGUCCCCGGGGGCGCAGGGGCCGCUCGCCCCCGUGGGCGGCGGCGGCAGCGGUCUCCUGUUGAUCGAUGACCAGGGCGUGCCCUACACGGUCUCCGAGGGGUCGGCAGGCGGCCCUGAGGGCGCCGGCCCCAAGAAGGCCCCGCACUUCUGCCCCGUGUGCCUGCGGGCCUUCCCCUACCUCUCCGACCUGGAGCGCCACAGCAUCUCGCACUCGGAGCUGAAGCCGCACCAGUGCAAAGACUGCGGCAAGGCCUUCAAGCGGUCCAGCCACCUGCGGCGCCACUGCAACAUCCACGCCGGCCUGCGGCCCUUCCGCUGCCCGCUCUGCCCGCGCCGCUUCCGCGAGGCGGGCGAGCUGGCCCACCACCACCGCGUGCACUCGGGGGAGCGCCCGUUCCAGUGCCCCGUCUGUCGGCUGCGCUUCACGGAGGCCAACACGCUGCGGCGCCAUGCCAAGCGCAAGCACCCGGAGGCCCUGGGCGUGCCCCUGUGUGUCCCGGACCCAGGGUCCGAGCCGCCAUGGGACGACAAGGGCAUCCCGGCCACCGCAGGGCCCCAGGAGGAGGAGGAGGAGGAAGAGGAGGAG